ACGAAUUGUUUUCUUUGCAAUUUAGUUAGUUUAGCUAACUCACUGGAUUAACGACAAGCUACAGUUAUUUCAAGGUAAUUUUGCUGUGAGUGUAAUGGCUGACAGGGAAGACUCGCCUGUUGGCGAUGCAGGUGAUUCUGUGGGCAGUGGCGACAGUCCAGCCCACUGCCCUCCUUCUGCUGAACUAUCAUCUGAAGGAGGAGCCUUCCUACUGGACAGCGGGGAAGAUUUUGAGAUCCUGCACAAUAUAGAUGAUGAUGAAGAUGACGAUGACCCUCCCCCACUUGAAGACACUGGUGGUGUUGAGAAGAAGAGAAAGCAGGCAGAGAAACCCGUGGAACCUGAUAGCGCCCCUUCCACAGUUCCCACUGAGGAGUGGCUGGAUGUCUUGGGGAACGGGCAGUUAAAGAAGAAGGUUCUGGCGACAGGGGAUGGACCGGACAGCAGGCCGCAGAAGGGACAGAAUGUUCAAAUACAUAUGAAGGCCUCGUUGGCUGAUGGCACCGUUGUGGCAGAUGAGCCUAGCCUCUCUUUCACUCUUGGAGAUGGUGAUGUCAUUCAGGCACUGGAUCUCACUGUGCAGCUAAUGGAGAUGAAUGAAAAAGCCCUUGUCCACACUAGUGCAAAGUACGCCUAUGGAGAACUCGGGAGCACUGCUCCAGCUGUGAGCUCUCUGGCUUCUGCUCUGCAUAGCACUGCUCCAGCUGUGAGCUCUCUGACUUCUGCUCUGCAUAGCACUGCUCCAGCUGUGCCACCUGAUGCUGAUUUGACCCUGGAGGUGCAGCUGCUGGAGGUCACCGACGCCCCCGACCUUGAGCUCCUGUCUCCUUCAGAGAGGAUCGCUCUGGCUGGGCAGAAGAGGGAGCGAGGCAACCACUACUACCAGCGCGGGGACUAUGCCUUCGCUGUGAAUUCGUACAACAUCGCCUUGCAGAUCACAGAGUCCAGCUCCAAAGUGGACAUCAGUCCGCAGGAGGAGGAGGAGCUGCUGGAUGUGAAGGUGAAGUGUCUGAACAACAUGGCCGCCGCUCAGCUGAAACUUGACCGCCACGAGGCUGCCCUGCGCUCCUGUAUCGCUGUCCUUGCUUACCAGCCAGACAACAUCAAGGCCCUCUUCCGCAAGGGCAAGGUCUUGGCUUUACAAGGAGAGUAUGCUGAAGCCAUCAGGAUUUUGAAGAGAGCUCUCAAAUUGGAGCCUAGCAACAAGACCAUCCAUGCAGAGCUCUCAAAACUGGUGAAGAAGCACUCGGAACAGAGGGGGGUGGAGCAGGCCAUGUAUAAGAAGAUGCUGGGCAACCCCUCUGCCAGCCCUGUGGAGAAACCACAGGCAAAGUCCUCAUGGAGUGUCAGCUGGAAAUGGCUGUUUGGUGCCACUGCAGUUGCCAUUGGAGGAGUUGCCUUGUCUGUGGUCAUCGCUGCGAGAAACUAAAGUGAACCAGGAUGAUGGUGAAUUUACCAACUCCUCAAAAAGCUGAGGCACACAGAAAGCAGUCUGUCAGCUGCCUGUCACCGCAGUAGGUAGUAAGACGAUGAGGAAAUCGUUUAUGGUGAUUUGUGGUCCUGGUUUGUGUGGCAGAUUUCACAUCCCAAAUUCUCUGUUGAUCUUUGAAAGAAAACUGGAAGAAUAAGAAUUGUAUAUCAUUGAAAUUAAUAUAUAAAAAGUGAUAUUCAUUUUUCAAAUGCUUGUGUAUUAUAUAUUGCAGGACACUAAACAUGUAUGGCUGCCAAUGUUUGACUCUCUCCUCUCUUUAGUGAUGAUUGAACUUAUUAAUUGUACAUUAAGAUGUGAUUUGCAACCGAUAAUGUAAAAUGUAUUUUAACUGCGUAAUGUUCCAGUCACAGUGACACAAGCUAUUUAAUUUUCUGUUUCUGUAUAAUGUUGUUUGGUACUCCUCUUAUAAGAGGCUAGUACUGAUGUUGAAGCAUCUGAUAGUAGCAAAAUGUAGGGUCUGUAUUCUCUUUUAAUCCAGCAAAGUGAGAUCUGACCCAAGCCUCUGCAGAUAUCCAGUAAGUGUCUGACAUGUGUCCAUAACCAACACCAAAGGCAAUUCUCCAAAAAGAGGAAGGACCACUGUGGACAAAGUUAUUUGUCAAGCGUGAGCAUGACAGAAGAAUAUGCGUACUCAGAAGUAGUGCAGUCUCAGUUCCUGUAAAUUUUGUUUGUUUCUUUUUUUUCCAGAGAGAGAGGAAAAAAGAUCUUUGCAGGCGUUGUCCUGUGUAUAUGUAGUCAUUGUGGAGAGCUGUGUACCUCACUUUGAUUUGAAACCAA